CAAUAGCGGGAGGGGUUGUUGGCAGGGCGGUGUUGGCAGUGGCGGGCGGAGGGCGAUGGCGGCGCUGGGCUGCGCUGUGGGCCGCAGGUUCCUGCUCUGGCAGCAAGCCGCAGCCCGCUCUUCCCAGCUCCGCACAGCCGCCGUGCUUUCCAGUUCCCUGGAGCUGCCCCUCAGAAGCCACGUCCCCCUCAAGCCGGUAGGAAUCAGCCCCGGCCCCGUGUCCUGCUGGACCCACCAGCAGAUCCGCACCAAGGCGCGAGGCAACGAGUAUCAGCCCAACAACCGGAAGCGCAAACGGACCCACGGCUGGAUCAAGCGCAUCAGCACGCCUGCGGGCAUCGAGGUCAUCCUGCGGCGCAUGCUGAAGGGCAGGAAGUCCCUGACCCACUGAGGGUUCUGCUUGUGGGGCGAGCCUGGAGCUUCGGAAGGAACGUCUGUGCCGAGGGGGGCUGCACACAUGCCUCCAUCGCGUGUCAGAAGCAUGUGAGGAGCCAUGCUGGCGCGAGGGGAGGCCGUGGAGGGCUUUGGUUAAUGCCUGCGUUAUGGAUUGUAAACUGAUUGUCACUUUGUGUGUGUGAUUCAGAGAAACUGCUGAAAACGCAGCCUGUCAUUAAAGCCCAGUGCUAAUUGAGUGCGAAACUUCA